UCUACUCUUCUCUUCACUGACUGAGGUCUUCUCCUACUUAACGAACUUUUUCUCUUCCGAAAAUUUUGGGAAUUCUUGCAAAACGUGUUCAUUUUCUUUCCGUUGGAUCACUAUUUUUAAGAAAUUCAACCUUCAAAUAGAGCAGAGCCUUAUAUAGAAAUUGUUUUCUUUCAGUAAUACAGAUUAUGAAGUAUCAUACCACACUAGUUAUCAACGUCACGUUUCUCUUCUCAUACAUAUGUCCUUUAGCGAAAACAGAAGUAUAUACGGCAAUAGCAGACUUGGGCCAACUGCUGGACACAGAUAGAGAAAUUAUUAAGGCCCUUGAAAAUUACCUAGCAAUAGAACAAGAAAGAAUAACAAAUGUUAGAUGGCUGAAGGAGCAAUUUGAAAAGGUGUACAAGACAGCAAAUCAGGAUGAAGAAUCUUUCCUGACCAAUCCAAUUAAUGCAUUUCUGUUAGUGAAACGCUUGUCAGAAGACUGGCAGACCACAAACCGUAUAAUAGAAGCAGCUACUAGCAAAGUUAUGGUACAAAACGUCUCCUACUCCGGUUUGCUGUUCCCUGACCGAGAAGACUUAAGUGGGGCUGCAACUGCUCUUCUAAGGUUGCAAGACACUUACCUGUUGGAGACUUCUCAAUUAGCUAGAGGCGAAAUCGAAGGAGCAAAAUCAAGAUCUUUAGAAUUCACAGCUGGAGAUUGCUUUCAACUUGGAUAUCAGGCCGUUGCUUUAGAAGAUUACAAGCGAGCAAUUCAAUGGCUCGAAGAAGCGCUCGACAGACUUGAAAGAGAAGAGCUAAAAUCUGCAAAUAAACCAUCAAUAUUGGAAUUCUUGGCACACUGUGCAUUUAAGCUAAACAAUGUUAAACAUGCCAUUAAAAUCACCCGUCAACUACUCGCAAUAGCUCCAACACAUCCAAGAGCCCAUGACAACCUCCUCCAUUACGAAAGCGUUUUGAACACAAAAGGAGAUACCGCCUUUUCGGAAGAGGAUUACGACGAUUAUUCAGCUUAUUAUAGCGAAUACGAAGAAUCAGAUGAACACGAUUCUCACUCACUCCGGGCUCUGAAAAGAGCUCUUAUACCUGCAUUUGACAAUUACGAAAAGCUCUGCAGAGGGGAGCACAUUCGAUCCUAUCUUGAGGAGAGUCGACUGAAAUGCCGAUAUACGACUAACAACAAUAAUUAUCUUCUUUUGCAACCGGUCAAGCAAGAAAUAUUGAGCUUAGAUCCUUUCAUCUGCAUGUUCCAUGACGUCAUUUCAGAUAAAGACAUAGAGCUCUUCAAGCAGAUAGCUCUACCUCUGCUUGAGAGGGCAACCGUUACCAAUCCGAAAUCAGGUGUUUUGGAAACAGCUACCUACAGAGUAAGUAAAAGUGCUUGGUUAAAAGACGUAGUUCAUCCGAGAAUAGCACACGCUAGUCAAGUGGUUAAAGAUAUAACAGGACUCGAAACAAGCACAGCGGAAGAAUUGCACAUUAUAAAUUAUGGAAUUGGCGGCCACUAUGAACCACAUUAUGAUUUCAAGAAGAAAGGAGAGGCAGACGGAUUUGCACAUUUGGGUACUGGAAACAGAAUAGCCACAUGGAUAUAUUACCUCAGUGAUGUAGAUGCCGGCGGUGCGACAGUAUUUCCAAAAGUAGGAGUUUCAGUAAAGCCCAGAAAGGGUUCUGCAGCAUUCUGGUACAACUUGAGGCAGAAUGGAGAGGGCGACCUCAACACUAUUCAUGCGGCUUGUCCAGUGUUAUCUGGUAGCAAAUGGGUUGGCAACAAGUGGCUUCAUGAGAAAGAAAACGAAUUCAGAAGAAAAUGCAGCUUAAAUUCUUCGGAUUAGUUGCAACAUGAAUUUUGUACAAAUAUAUUUGUUUAUUGAUCUUUUAUUAAGUUGAUUUCAAUCUACCAUUUUUUUAAAAACUUUCGUAUUUUCUUGAAGACUUUUUUUAAUGACAGCUAUUUUGUUAGUUUUUAUAGUGUAAGAUAUCAAAAGUAACAUUUAAAAUAUAUAUAUUUAUCUGUUCUGGAAAAUGUUCAUUUAGAAAAUGUAGAAGUAUAAACCAGUUUUCGGCUUCUUGUUAAUGAUACAUCCUCGUAUGUUGCAUUUUCUGUGAUGUGUAUGUAUUACUAUUUUAUAAAAAAAAAAAUAUCUAUAUAUGUUAAAAAAAAAAAAAAAGGUUCAAGUAUAGACUUGGGUGCCCCUUCGAUUGGCAACAAAUUUUAGCGAUAAAACACUACUUCUGGUUUCCAUAAUGUUUUGUUUUCAUUGACGUUGCUGUUUGGUCACCGACCAAAAUCUUGGCGUCAAAAAAAAUCACCAAAAAAUCAAGUAGCACCCAAUUGUAAAUUUUUACCCAAAAAAAAAACUCCACUGUAGACAUUUAAAAAUUAUUUAGAAAUCACUGAUCCAGUGGGAGAAAAGUAAUUGUUUUAGUUGUCUAAUAAUUAUUUUCUAUCAGCAUGUUUCUAAUUAAAAUACUUGCAAAAUGUGGCAUUCAUAGAUUAUUGAAAUAUAAUUAUUUUUAUAAGCAAAUGUAAAAUACGCCUUUCCAUACUUGAAUAUGUACAUAUUUAAUUAUAUUUCUAUAUAAAAAUGCUAUAUUUAUGUAUACUUUUAUUUAUUUCAUAAUAAAUUAUUUUACUUAAAAUGA